UUGAUAUUAUGAGAAGAAAACCCUAUUACGUGGUUCACACAUCCAAAUUUCUUUUUCUCCUCUUCGUCACCCACUUGGUUUAAAAUAUCAAAAAUCUGUUGAGCGAGCGAUUUACUAAAUAAAAAGGUUUUUUUGUCGGCUUAAUUUAUCUUUCUCUCCAUCAAUUUCUCCUAGUAAGAGUACUUUACAUGUGAGUAAAGUAGAUUUUUCUUUUCUAGGGUUUUCAUUUUUUUUCUCCAACUCCCAAACUACUCUUCUUUUAUCAUACUCGUUGCCAAGGGGGAAACGAUUUUGAAUCUCAAAAAUUAGGGUUUACAGAGAGAUCUUCGGAUUAAGCUUUGGACAAGAUGUUUUGGCGUAUGACUGCUCUUUCUGCUUCCUCUCCUGUGGAAUCAGUUUUAGACAAGGAAGAUUUUACUUUGGAGGAGCUCCUGGACGAAGAAGAGGUCAUUCAAGAAUGCAAAGCUCUAAACAGUCGACUUAUAAAUUUUUUAAGAGAGAGAGCUCAGGUAGAGCAGUUGCUGCGUUACAUUGUUGAGGAGGCACCAGAGGAUGCUGAAAGCAAGCGAGCAUUCAAGUUUCCGUUCAUUGCAUGUGAAGUAUUUACAUGUGAAAUUGACGUUAUUCUGAAAACCUUGGUGGAGGAUGAGGAGCUGAUGGAUUUACUCUUUUCUUUCUUGGAACCAAACCACCCACACAGUUCAUUGUUAGCUGGGUAUUUUAGCAAGGUUGUUGUAUGCCUUAUGUUGCGGAAGACAGUGUCACUUAUGAACUAUGUCCAAGCUCAUCAGGAUGUAUUCCGGCAGCUAGUUGAUCUGAUAGGAAUCACAUCCAUCAUGGAGGUGUUGAUUCGACUUGUUGGUGCUGAUGAUCAUGUCUAUCCUAAUUUCAUGGACGUGAUGGAGUGGCUAGCUAAUAGCAAUUUGCUAGAAAUGAUUGUGGAUAAACUGAACCCAUCAAGUUCUCCUGAGGUUCACGCUAAUACAGCAGAAACACUUUGUGCCAUUACUCGUAACGCGCCAUCAGCUCUAUCUGUUAAACUCUCUAGCCCGAGCUUCGUUGAAAGAAUAUUUGGUCAUGCCCUGGAAGAUAGACAAUCUAAAUCUGGUCUUGUGGACUCACUUUCUGUGUGUAUCUCGUUGUUGGAUUCCAAAAGAGCAACUUAUUCUCCAUUAGUUCACUCUAUUCGAAGUCAACAUUUGUACGAACCACAGAUUCCUAUUAAUCCCGAGACAGUUAGUGCCAUGUUGCCAAAACUUGGAGACUUGCUUAAGCUUUUGAAUGUAUGCUCUGAUAGUAAGGUGUUGCCUACCACAUAUGGCGAACUAAAGCCUCCUCUUGGGAAGCAUCGCCUCAAGAUUGUAGAGUUCAUUGCGGUAUUGUUGAGGAGUGGUAAUGAAAUUGCUGAGAAGGAGUUGGUUAGCUCGGGUGCUAUACGAAGAAUCCUUGAACUCUUUUUUGAGUACCCAUUUCAUAAUGCGUUGCAUCAUCAGGUAGAAAGUAUCAUCUUGUCAUGUUUGGAGAGCAAGGAUAAUACCGUUGUUGAUCAUCUGCUUAAAGAUUGCGAUGUAGUGGGUAAAAUCCUACAAGCGGACCAAAGUCCCAUUCUUUCUGGUGGUUCAGAUCAGCCGACUUCAUGUUCCGCUGGAAAGCAAGUACCUCGAGCCGGUAAUCUUGGGCACAUUACACGUAUCUCUAAUAAGCUUAUUCAGCUGGGAAAUGGCAACAGUCACAUCCAGGCAUACUUACAGGAAAAUGAUGAAUGGAUUAGUUGGCAAACAAGUAUCUUACAAGAGCGUAACAAUGUAGAAAAUGUCAACCGGUGGGCCUGUGGCCGCCCAAGUGCAUUGCAAGAUAGGAUGAGAGACAGCGACGAGGAGGAUGAUGUAGCAGGCCUAGCAAAUAACCUAAGCCAGGCAUUUAGCAGAUACAGCAUCUAUGAAAAUGAUGAUGCCGAACAGGUGCACGGAUCUCUUGAGCGAGAUGAUGAGGAUGUUUAUUUUGACGAUGAAUCGGCUGAAGUUGUGAUCUCAUCACUGAGGCUUGGUGAUGACCAGCAGAGUUUGUUUACAAAUUCGAACUGGUUUGCUUUCCAAGAUGAUGGAAUUCAUAGUGACCUUUUAAGUACUUCUGAAGAGAAAUUGGAUGAAGUCAAUUUGAAUGGAGCAAAUGGUGGGAGCAGCAGUAGUGACGAUGAGGUGGUGGUUGGUGAGGAUGAGGAGUUGGUAAACAGCACAGCAACUUCCACUGAUGAGCCAUCAGGAUCCAGUACAAGUUUUUCACAUGAGGCAAGCAAAAGCACUGCAACCAAUGGGGUCGAUAACUUUUACCCUAAAGCAUGGGAUGAGAAAGCAAGUACUCCUGGUGGUGCUAUGGGUUUUGUCAACGGCGAUGAUCCAUUCAGUGUUAGUCAACCUGACUGGGUUGGAUGGCGAGAGUCUACGGAUUUGCAGGCUGAUCAGUCAGAUGAGAAUGAGAAGAGUUCUCUACCCAACGGUAAUAUAUUGUCAAAUGGUAGCAGUAGCCCGAGUGUCUCUAGCAACGGGCAACUGGGGACAUGCCCAAAUGAAGUUAUCAGUGAGCCAACUGUAUCUGAAAAAGAUGUCGAGUUUGUUGGUAUGGAGUUAGAGGGAUCAGAGAGGGCUAUGGACCAAGCAUUGAAAGAGGGAAUAGUAGAUGAAGCAGGGCCACUGAAGAAGCACUUAACGCCAAAUGCUGGGCGUGAAAAUGAGAAAAUGGAUAAAGAUGGGGAAGAGAAACUGGAGUUCAACGAUACUAACUACUGGAGGGUUGAUCAGGAGGUUGGUGUUCAAGAAUGAGAGCUAAUGAUUGUAUUUUGUAACCUCAACAAACAAAGACUGGAGACAACAAAAACUAUGUUCUCAUCUUAGAAAAUAGUUUUUUCCUUUUGUAUAGUGUUCCCCUGCACCUAGUGUGGAGGAAUGAAUGGAUUGCAGGGUUAUGUCAUUGUCUUGUUCUUUAAUAUCAUUGUUCUAUUCUUUGAAUUAUUUGUGAUUACUACUAGUGGAGAGAUCAAGUGCUGUUCAUAGUAAAGAAAACGACGGCAAAUUCCAAGAGUUAAUCACUCAAGAUUACUGUU